GGUAAAUGUUGCUAGCAAAGCAUGCAAUGGUAAUUUCAUUUUCCCUGAAAAAUCUGGUUUUAGGGAGAAUUUUACAACAGAGGCUUCAUUAGUGACAUGUAAGAGAAUCAUGCUCUGUUCAAUUAUUUGUGCAGCUAAGUGUUUUAUGGCUGGAUUAAUAAGUAACUUGUACUUGAGUUAGUUGCUAUUCUUCUGCAGUGUAGUAUUGGGUUUCUUUUUCCCUGUAAAAACUCCUUGUUUUCACUCGGUCACUUAGCACCCCAAGAUGCACGCUGCCCUCAGUAAGCUGCCAUUACUCCUGAUGGGAAUAGUUUGCAUCACAGAAUUUCAUGCUGUGCCAUCUGUUCUCCAGAAAGAUCCUAAGUGUGGGCAGAAGUUUCAAGAGACAAAACCAUGGAGUUACCUUAACCUUUUCACUCGGAUCGUUGGGGGAAACCAGGUGAAACAAGGCUCACAUCCGUGGCAGGUCUCCUUGAAACGAAGGCAAAAGCAUUUCUGUGGAGGCACCAUUGUUUCUGCUCAGUGGGUGGUCACAGCAGCUCACUGCGUCUUAGACAGGAACCUGCUGGAGUACUUCAAUGUCACUGCAGGAGAGCAUGAUUUGAGGAUCAGGGAGAACAGUGAGCAGACGCUCCCUGUUAAAUAUGUCAUUAAGCACCCAAAAUUUGACCCCAGAAGGCCGAUGAACUAUGACAUUGCCCUUCUGAAGCUGGAUGGAGCCUUCAUUUUCAGUCCAUCAGUUUUGCCAGCAUGUCUUCCUGAUCCAGGUGAAAAGUUUGAAGCAGGAUAUAUCUGCACUGCUUGUGGUUGGGGCCGUUUAAGUGAGAAUGGAAUACUCCCUCAGGUCUUACAUGAAGUCAAUCUCCCAAUCUUAAACAGUAAGGAGUGUUCGAGAGCACUAUCAACUUUGAGGAACCCCAUCCAAGGUGACACCAUCAUGUGUGCUGGAUUUCCAGAUGGAGGAAAAGAUGCCUGCCAGGGAGACUCGGGGGGGCCUCUUUUGUGCCGACGUAAACAUGGUGCUUGGACUCUUGCUGGAGUAAUCUCCUGGGGAAUGGGUUGUGCUCGUGGCUGGAUAAGUAACGAGAAGAAGAAACACUACAACAGAGGAUCUCCAGGAAUAUUCACAGACCUCAGUGUGGUGCUUCCCUGGAUUCAGGAGAACAUGAGUGCUGAUCUGAAAAUGAAAAGCUCCACAGCAUUGUGUAGCAUUUGUGAUGGCAAACUCUCUGGCAGUGAAGGAGAAUUAGAUUUUCCUGGAAGGCCCCAACAAUUCUAUCAAAACCACCAGUUGUGUGUGUGGACACUGUUUGUACCAGAAGGGAAUUACAUAUGGCUUAAUUUUUCCCGCUUUGAUAUAGAGCCAGAAACAUUUUGUGACUAUGAUUCCUUAUCAGUCUACUCAAAAGACAACAGACUUGUUGGAAAAUUCUGUGGAGGAGAUCUUCCCUUGCCUAUUUUGAUUGGCUCCAAUAACAUGAGGCUGAAAUUUGUUUCUGACAGCAAGGACUAUGGAACUGGUUUUUCCAUGACCUACAAAGCCCUUCCACCAGCUGCUCUUCCUGAUUCUGGCUGUGCAUCCGUAGCCAUCAUUUUUGAAGAGGGAGUUUUACAAAGUAUGCACUAUCCAGAGCACUACAGCAACAUGGCAGACUGUCAGUGGGUUAUUUGUGCACCAGAAGACCAUGUAAUCAAGCUUACAUACCAGUCUUUUGAAGUAGAAGACAGUGAAGAUUGCUCAUAUGAUGCCGUGACUGUGUAUGAAGAUGUGAGAAAAGAAGAGGAAAUUGCUAAGUCUUGUGGAUUUGCCCUACCAGCACCUGUGCUAAGCUCCUCUGCUAUGAUGUUGAUUGCCUUUCACUCUGAUGAAACGGAGACCUAUGGAGGAUUUAGAGCUGCAAUCUCUUUUGUUCCUGUAAGAGAUUUAGAUACUUUAGAUUCCAGUAGUGAAGAAGAAUUGGAAAAUGUGGAUAUGACUGAAGACAAAACACAGGUUGCAACAAAUGAUAGUUGUGGAAUGCCUGCAAAUCAGCCCCGGUUUAUCUUCAGUAGGAUAAUUGGAGGUGAAGAAGCUGUACCAUACUCAUGGCCUUGGCAGGUCAGUGUACAAAUUUCAGAUGAGCAUAUCUGUGGAGGAGCAGUUCUUGCCAAAGAAUGGGUUGUCACAGCUGCUCACUGCUUCAAUUCUAAAGAACCAUACAGGGACUUCUGGAUGGUGGUAACAGGGCUUCAUGAUCUUACAGAGCAAGAAUACAGGCAGAAAAGGUCAGUGAAGCAGUACAUUAUACAUCCAAGUUUUAACAAGACCACUCUGGACUCCGAUAUCGCCUUACUGCAACUGGAUGAGCCCUUAGAAUUCAACCACUACGUGCGCCCAGUGUGCCUCCCUGCCAAGGAGGAGGCAGUUCAGCCCUCAAGAGUGUGUGUUGUCACAGGAUGGGGUGCCCGUGAAGAAGACAGAGAAAAGGGGAAAAAACUGCAUCAGCUAGAAGUCCCCAUCCUAGUGCUUGACGUGUGUCAGAGCUACUACGUAAAUCUUCCCAGUAAAGUGACCCAGAGGAUGAUCUGUGCUGGAUUCCCUCUGGAAGAUGGCAAGGACUCGUGCACAGGUGAUUCUGGUGGCCCUUUAGUUUGUCCUUCAGAAGAUAACUCAGGAUUUUACACCCUUCAUGGAAUCACUAGCUGGGGCUUGGGAUGUGGAAAGAAGAGCUACCCAGGAGUAUACACGAAUGUUGGUGCUUUUGUUGACUGGAUCAAGCAGAGUGCUAAUGGUAGUGAUCCCCCCGUUUUCACGGUGUGAGCAUUGCAAGAACAGUUCUGAUGGACCAUGUUGUAAAGCGCUGCCAAAGCACAAGUGUUAGCAGAACAAUUCGGUGAGAGUGUGUUAGCUCAUGGCUGGUGAGCAGAUUCCAAAGUAGCUGGUGCUCAUCCUGGUGAAUGUACUGCUGGUUUUCCUGAAUUUAGACUUGAGCUUUUCACAUGCCUGCUUGGAACACAAGUUAACCUUGCAGGCUUCUGACACUCUCUUAAUCUAUUUUAGAAGGAAAGAGAUGUAAAUACACCACCAUAUGCCAAGCAUUUCCUUGAAUGUAGUACUGGAGAACAUAACAAUGCUGCAGAAAUGAGAUGAAGUGUCUGUGUAGAACAGCUGAAGGAGCAGUCAGUCAUCCUUGCAUUGAGGUCAGUGAGGGUGUUAUAUUAGCUCUGCCUCUGAGAGCACUCAGUGGCACUAAUAAGGUGUCACUGAGGAGCAGGACAACGUUGUCUAGUCAGUGGUGAUGAGAAUCAAUCCAGUUGCUGGGAAAAGGAUAUUUUAAAUGCAGUUCCUGGUUUAACACAUUGUUACUUAAACACAGAGGUGCUUGAAAAGGUUCUACAGGCCAAGGGCCUUUGGCAUCAUACAAGAAUUGACAGCUUUGCUAAUGAAUCUGUACAUGUAAUUAAAGAGGUUCUUUGUAACCCACACACUGCAAAGAGAGCAUAAUGAAUUUUAAAGUAAUAGUUUAUCUAAAGCCCAGAUGGCUGCUUACACAAGAAACUGAUGACAGGUAGUGCUAAUCGUAAUGAAUGCAGUGGUUAUGCACUGAUAACUGACAUCUCUUCAGAUCCCUAUCUGAAAUCAUUUGCAUUUGAUUGUUGGAGUACUUUUGGCUACCUGAUGCUGACUUUCUUCCUGCGUGGUUCUGCUGGUAUGAAGGCAGACUACGCAAGUAGUUUAGUUCUGCUUCUUGUUUGUCUUUUUGUAGUCUGUUCUAAGCUGCUGGUAUGUUGUAGCCAGAGCAUGAACUGGUUUGAGGUGCAAAUGAAAUCUGCUUUUAAAAACAAAAGUUUUCGAUGGGAUUUGGGUAAUAAAAAUGGAUUUGAGAUUUCACUGUA